GAAAAAGGCACAAUUACUCUUACAAACAGUUUUAAAAUUGAUGAUUGACAAAAUUCCUUAACAGAAAAUUGGUUGUCAAAAAAUGUGUGAAAAGAAAACAUUUUCAAUGACCUUUUUAUUAAAAGGUUUAGAAAAAGAUAUAACGCGUAAUAAAGACUUGAUAGAUUUGUAUAUGGAAAGUGAUAAAGAAAAUGCAUCCUUUUGUCAAAAAUCACUUGGUGAUUUUAUUGAUAAUACAAUAUCCUCUGAUAAAGAUGGAUUAAAUGAGGCGUUUCAAGAAAUGCAGUCUAAAAUACAAAUAUUAGAAGAAAAAACAGACGAACAAGUGAAUCAACAGUGUGAAAUACUUUAUACCCUACAAGGGCAAAUGGACGAUGCGAAAUCCUUAGGUCAUAAAUUAUUGAAUUCUUUAGAGCAUCUUGACAACGAACGAAGUCUUUUACAGAAACAAGUUGAGACAACAUGGAGUGAUAUAACAGUAUUAGAAGCCGGUCGUCAAACGAUUCAAUCAGUGACUAAAUUUUUAAAAUUUUUAAAGGUUUUUGUGAUAGCCCUGUCCAAUAUUCGCACGUUUUGCACUGAAAACCGCUACGAUAAUAGUAUACCGUUUCUUAUUGUCCUUUAUCGUUUGGUGGCAUAUUUUAACCAGAAACAAUUUACAAAUGAUUUACAAAAUUACUUACAAGAAUUCCAAGAGGUGAUCGACAAAAUGAAGGCACAGCUAAUGAUGCAAUUCGACAUACUUAUGAGUACUGAAGUCCCUUCAUCGUUAAACUUUUUAGAUGCUUGUAAAUUGGUGGACACGUUUUACCCGCGAAAUUUCAGGAAAAUUCUUUUAUUGCAUUUGACAGAAAUUUUUUUGGAAGAUUACACUAAAAAUUUUCCUGAUCAAAAUGCUUUAACUGAUCCUCAUAUUACUCUUCAAACAUUUGAUCGACGGUAUAUAUUCUUUAAGAAGCUUUUCCGUCAAUUUCCCAGCAAAUAUGAUCAAUGUUUUUUAAAAGAAUGGAAUGUUUUGUUGUUUAUCACACAUGAAUUUUGUCGUAUUGUUCGCUAUCAAUUAAUUAGUCUAAUGGAUGUGGCUGAUCCAAAUUCAAAUGUGACAGUUCAGGCUCUUUUGAAAACUCAAGAAUUUGAACUCUACUUGAACGAGAAAUUUCAGGAGAGAACAAAGAAUGCUGAGUUGAGUUUGUCUGAGGAAAAACCAGUGACAUUUAAUGAUUGCCUUGAAUUGCCUAUAAUAAAAGAGAAACUGCCAUAUUUGAAAUUGUUAAGUCAGGAUUUAAACGUAAACGAAGAUCUUACAAAAAACAAAGACAAAGCGGUCAAUACAAACGAUUCGUCAUGUAUGAAACUAGAUUCGGGCGUCAAUUCAACAGAAAUACUUACUUUAAAUUUCCAUAAAGUCAUUUCAAGCUGUUUUGAUUCUUUUGUAAAAACCUGGAUAAAAAAUGAAGAAAAUCGCCUAGCGUGUACAAUGCAAGAAAGUCUUAAGAGCGACGAGAUUCUUUAUGAUCAACAUGAAGGUCAUGAAGAAGACGAUUUUGUGAAUAGUUGUACAAAAACGCUUUAUUCUUCGUGUAUAACCCUUCUUGUUAAUAUGAAAAAAUGUUAUCACCAAUACCAAACUUUCGCGCGGCCUGACUUAGUGGUGGAUCUUGUGGAAGCGUUUCAAAAAAAUCUGAACGAGUAUCUUGAGAUGCUUGCGACACGAACGUCUACAAAACUUUUAAGAAAUCCGGAAACUGUAACUGUUGCGGUACUAGGAACUGUAGAAUACAUGGAGCAUACAUUACCUUAUCUUAUAAUGGCUCUUCAAAAAAUAGAAAUACUACAAGACAAAGAAAUAUUAAGGUUUCAAGCACAGUUUAAAGCUUUGUCAAAGAUGAAAGCAAGCACUCUUACAAAACUAUUUUCCUUAAUUAGCCGUCCUGUGAAAUCGCAGUUGUAUUCGUCAUUCCAUAGCUCCGACUUGGUGGAUGAAAAAACAAGAAAGGAAAGUGUUUGGGUUCAACCAUUAUCAGAUGCCUUAAAGAAAAUGUUUGAUAAAUUUAAACCACUUUUGUCUCGAAUGCUGCUGCGGUUGCUUUGUGACAUUUUUUUAAGAUGGUUUAUUUGUGAGUAUCGUAAAAUUCUUUUUGAAAUGAAUAAAUCAUCUGUUCACGCUAAUAAAAAUUUGCGUUUAGCCAGUGAAGCAAUAAUGAAAAUCUUAUACGAUAUACCUCAAUAUGUUUUACAAGAUGAAUCUCCUUUAUACACAAAAUAUCUUCUGCAUGAAUUUAGUUCAAUUCAAUCUCUUUUAAAGGAUUCUUCUUAACUUCGGGCAUGAAAUCCUUUAGCAUUGUUUUAAUGAAAAAAAGUGUAACGCCGUGGCAUUCAACGGCUUAUUGAGUAACACAAUUUAGUGGCAUCUACACGCAACUUUUCUCUUUGAAAAAUUGGAGUGCAUUCAUAUGUUUUUUUUUUAAAUCUUCGCGUCGUCAUGAUGAUUUUUGAU